AUGGACCGUAAGGCGGUCCAGCAGAUGCAAGAUACUACAAGAUUCCUAGGUGACCGAUACGAGUCCGCGCUACUAUGGAAAUACGAGCAUAUCGAACUCCCAGAUAGUUUCCCGAUGGCGUUCAGAAGGAUGCAAUGUCUAGAGCGAAAAAUGGACAAAGAUCCCCAACUAAAAGAAAAUAUCACUCGUCAAAUAUCUGAGUAUCAGCAAAAAGGGUAUUGCCAUAAAGCUACUCAGGAAGAAUUGGAGGCCGCGGAUCUGAGACGGGCAUGGUACCUUCCACUAGGAGCCGUCUUAAACCCUAAAAAACCCGGAAAAGUGCGACUUAUCUGGGACGCAGCGGCCCAGGUGGACGGAGUGUCCCUGAAUUCCGUCUUGUUGAAGGGACCUGAUCAACUGACAUUGCUUCCGGUGGUACUCUUCCGUUUCCGGCAAUUUCCAGUAGCCGUAUGCGCGGAUAUAAAGGAGAUGUACCACCAGAUCCGGAUACGCGAAGCAGACCGUAGCUCCCAAAGAUUCUUGUGGCGCGACGAAGCAAGUCAGGCCCCAUCAAUCUUUUUCAUGGACGUGGCCACAUUUGGUUCGAGUUGUUCGCCAGCGACAGCACAGUUUGUGAAAAACACAAAUGCGCGACGUUUCGAGAAACAGUAUCCUGACGCUGUUAAAGAAAUCAUCGCAGGUCAUUAUGUAGACGACCUAGUCACCAGUUUCCGGAACCAGGAUGAAGCUAAAAUUAUUUCGAAACAAAUUAGAGAAAUUCAUAAACACGCGGGAUUUGAACUCCGCAAUUUUUGUUCCAACAGCUUACCAGUUUUAGACUACCUCGGUGAAACAAAUGUUGAGUCUGUAAAAGAUUUAUGUCCAGGAACACCAAAUGUUUCGGAACGUGUUCUUGGAAUCUUAUGGGAUACAAAAUUAGACAAACUAAAGUUUCCCACAACUAUGCGAGGUGACAUCACUCAGCUCAUCGAACGUGGUACAAAGCCUACCAAGCGCGAAAUAUUACGGUGUGUGAUGUCACUCUUCGACCCGCUUGGGCUACUAGCGCCUUACUUAAUCUUCGGCAAGAUUUUGAUUCAAGAAGUGUGGCGUAAAGGCUGUGCCUGGGAUGAACAGGUAGACGAUGAGACGUUUACCCUCUGGCUUAAAUGGACUGCAAUGUUACAGAGUAUUAAUGACGUUGGAAUUGAAAGAUGUUACUUUUCAACAGAUGCUAAUGCAGUUGAGAUACAUACGUUUGUUGACGCCAGUGAAGCUGCGUACUCAUGCGUCACUUAUUUUCGAUAUGUUAAUUCAAAAGGCUUAGCAGAGAUUGCACUUAUUGGAGCAAAAUCGAAGGUGGCCCCACUUAAGCCGUGGUCGAUUCCGCGCCUUGAGCUGCAAGGAUGCGUUCUGGGUGCUCGAUUCACUCGGUUCGUCGAGGAAGGGCAUUCGCUGCAAGUCAAAAGGCGUGUCAUGUGGUCCGACUCUAGCACCGCGUUAAGUUGGAUCAAUGGGGAUCCGCGUAAGUACCACCGGUUCGUUUCGUUCAGAGUAACAGAAAUUUUAGAAUUGACGAGCAGGGCCGAUUGGAGAUGGGUUCCGUCUAAAGAAAAUCCUGCUGAUGAAGCAACAAAAUGGGGUUCAGGACCUCACUUUAACAAAGACAGCAUCUGGUACACUGGCCCCACAUUUUUGAAAUACCCAGAGCAUCAGUGGCCAUCGCAAAAAAUAGUAGAAACGGUUGCCGAUGAGCUGCGUCCUUCUCAUACGCAUCGUCAAGUCCUUCUACCGGAAGCAGAUUUCGACGCCUACCGAUUUUCCAACUGGAACCGUCUGCUCCGAACUGCAGCAUAUUGUCAUCGGAUUCUUUCUAAAAAAAGUAAAACAGGUCGUUCUUUAGAAGUGAUUACACAAAACGAAUUGAAGAAGGCGGAGUUAACGUUGUUCAAACAAGCUCAAUGGCAAACUUACCCCGACGAAAUGAUUAUCCUGACGAGAAACCGGGUUAACUCACAUGGCCGCUCUAUGCUUCCCAGUUCCAGCAAACUGUACCAACUUACUCCCACCCUGGAUGAGAACGGGGUACUACGAAUCGACGGUCGGAUUGGGAACGCUCCGAAAGCUUCUCGUGAUUUAAAAUGCCCCAUUAUCCUUCCAAAAUCUCAUCGAAUUACAUUCCUUCUCGUUGACAGUUAUCACCGACAGUUUCGUCAUGGAAACAACGAGACAGUUGUUAAUGAAAUCCGUCAACGGUUUCAUAUUUCAUCUCUUCGCUCGUUCGUUAAGGAAGUCGCUAGAAAAUGUCAGCAUUGCAAAAUAUACAAAGCACGUCCUUAUGUUCCCAGAAUGGCGCCACUUCCGAUCGCCCGACUAUCCUCCUACAUUCGUCCGUUUACCUACGUAGGUGUGGAUUAUUUUGGCCCACUUCAAGUUAAGGUUGGAAGGUCAAACGUCAAAAGAUGGAUCGCGCUUUUUACGUGUCUCACAGUGAGGGCCGUUCAUCUUGAAGCAGUUUACAGCUUGACCACCGAAGCCUGCGUUAUGGCGAUACGUCGAUUUAUUGGUCGCCGUGGGGCUCCCGUAGAGUUCCACAGCGAUAACGGGACAAAUUUCCAGGGAGCGGAACGCUUGCUGCGAGAACAGAUUAAUGCGGGACUCGAACACACUUUUACGAACACGAAUACUUGUUGGCAUUUUAUCCCACCAGCUGCACCACACAUGGGUGGUGCGUGGGAACGGAUGGUUCGAUCAAUCAAAACCGCUAUGUUCCAAUCCUACAACGAAAACUUAGAUGAUGAAAAAUUGGCUACUAUGCUCGUGGAGGCUGAAUCGAUAGUAAAUUGUCGACCCUUGACCUACCUUCCGCUACAAUCAGCUGAACUAGAAGCUUUGACUCCGAAUCACCUGUUGUUGGGAAGUUCUAAUGGAGUUCACCAACCGGAAAUUAAAGGACCGUAUGACAGCAAACUACUCAGUCACUCCUGGGAUAAGCUUCAGAACAACCUCAACUCGUUUUGGAAACGUUGGACCAGAGAAUAUCUGCCUACACUUACGAAACGGACAAAAUGGUUCGGUGAAAUAAAGAACAUCAAAGAAGGAGAACUGGUUAUUAUCGUUGAGGAUACGCGGAGAAACGGAUGGACUCGAGGGCGGGUCAUGGAACUCAUUCCGUCAUCUGAUGGACGAGUUCGGCAAGCUGUUGUACAGCUUCCAUCAGGUAUGCUGUGUCGUCGUUCCGUCUCGAGACUUGCGGUUUUAGAAGUGCAGGAAGAACGUGUAACCGGUUCCGGAUUCCACCUGGGGGAGGAUGUUGCGAAAAGUUCACAAAACUCGAUCGUCACUGUAGUGCGCGAUAAGACGUCAAAAUUUGAUGGGAUGACGCAGACUGAAACCGGAACUAGUUCGGCAUAA